CUUUGUUAUUCGCGCUGGGACACGUGCUAUAAUGGUCGGCUUCUGUCUCCUCGUCCCUCUGCUCGUCCUGUCAGUUUGCGGGUCGAACGCGAGGAGGGCCAGGAUCGAGGAUGCCCUGCAGGAGAUCUUCUUCAGGCUGUAUUCGGGCGAUCCGGAGCAAUACGCGGACGCGCGGCUGUACGAGGUGAGGAACCUCGUGGCGCGGAUGGAGCCGGAUAAGCCGACGGUCUUCUAUCUGCACGGCUACACCGGCAGCGCCAGGAGCAGAGACGUCUUGGCAGUUGUUUCGGGUUAUCUGGAGCGCGGCGAUCACAACGUUAUAGCGGUGGACUGGAGCCCGAUAGCUGGAAAGAACUACCCGAGCGUGGUGAGCAGCGCCAAGUCGGUCGGCGAAGCGGUGGCCGGGGCGAUCGACGAGAUGGUGGAUCAGGGCUUGACCAGCCGGAGCAUCCACGUCGUCGGGCACUCGAUGGGCGCUCAAGUCGCCGGUUACGCCGGACGUCGGACCAGCUUCGAACUCAGCAGAAUAACCGGUCUAGAUCCGGCGGGUCCGUUUUUCAAUUUCCUAGAGGCGCAUCUCCAGGCCAGCGACGCCAGCUUCGUCGAUACGAUUCAUACGGACGCGGGCUUUUAUGGAAUAAAUCGUGCCUCCGGCGCCGCGAGUUUUUACCCGAACGGCGGCCGACGCGUACAGCCUGGCUGUCCCAGCAGCUACGAACUUUCCAGCCCAGAAGGUAAGUUCCGAUUCUUUAUUCUCACAUUCUCUCUCUCUCUCUCUAUGGCUCUCUUUCGCCGCUUUCUGCAGCGAUGCGCGCACGUUCGCGUACAUGACGCGUUUCUUGUGCUUUGCGACUCUCUCGUUUUGUUUCGCCCUCUCGCAGAUUACUGCAGCCAUCAUCGCUCCUGGCUCUUCUACGCCGAAUCGCUGAGAAAGGAAGACUCCUUCCUCGCGACGAACUGCAGCUCCUACCGCAGCUUCGCUCGCGGGGCCUGCGACGAUGCAGCCAAGGUUCCCAUGGGAUUCGCCACGCCCGGCAACGCCCGAGGCGUGUUUUUCUUGACGACGAAAAGCGAGCCUCCCUUUGGCAUGCAAAUGGACGGGGCAGUAUCAACGAGUUCGAGAGCCGACAGGAAUAUUAAUAACGCCGACAAGAAGGAGGCCUCGAAUUCCCGAGAGACAGGGACGGGAGCUGCGCGCGCUGUAGAGAAGAAUUUAAUCGGAAGAUUUAUCGUGUAAGGCGCGCUGCUCGAUAAAGCGGUGAAAGAGUCUCUCCGUGCGUCGAGAAUUCUGAGAAAUAAAAAACUUUGGAGGCCCAGGA